GCCCCGCCGCCCCCGGGGAGCCGGCGGCCGGGCGGGUGGCUGCGAGGUCGGGGCUCUGGGCACCCCGCCCCUCGCCGCGAGGCUGCCGGCUGCUGACGGGCUAUUGAUUUGUAUGUGCUUCGCCCCGCGCCGGCCGCUCCCGCCGCUGCCGCCGGAGCCAGGAGAGCGCUUCCCGUAGCGGCGCGGAGCUCCCACCAAACAUGUCGGCUCCCGCCGGGCCCCGGGGCGGCCCUGCGCCUCCUCAGCCGCUGCCGGCGACUCAGCCCGAGAUGCCCGACCUCAGCCACCUCACGGAGGAAGAGCGGAAGAUCAUCCUGGCCGUCAUGGACCGCCAGAAGAAGGAAGAGGAGAAGGAGCAAUCCGUGCUCAAAAAAUUACAUCAGCAGUUCGAAAUGUAUAAGGAGCAAGUAAAGAAGAUGGGUGAAGAAUCGCAGCAGCAGCAGGAGCAGAAGGGUGAUGCCCCAACCUGUGGCAUCUGCCACAAAACAAAAUUUGCUGAUGGCUGUGGCCAUAACUGUUCAUAUUGCCAAACUAAAUUUUGUGCACGCUGUGGAGGAAGAGUAUCUUUACGGUCAAAUAAGGUAAUGUGGGUAUGUAACUUGUGCCGAAAACAACAAGAAAUCCUCACAAAAUCAGGAGCCUGGUUCUAUAACAGUGGAUCAAACGCACCACAGAAGCCUGACCAAGAAGGUACUAGAGAUCUGCGGAACGAGGAGGCACCUCAAGAGAAAAAAGCAAAGCUCCAAGAGCAUUUGCAGUACCAAGGACCCCCAGGUGACAUAUCCACACAAGUUUUGGACAAAAACAGAUCUCAAGGACUCACCAGGCAAGACUCGAUUAAGAAUGGUUCUGGAGCAAAGCAUCAAAUAACAAGUGACACAACAUCAGACAGGAAAAGAAGCCCAUCAAUAUCAAGAGAACAGAACAGAAGAUACGACCAGAGGGAAGAGAGAGACGAAUAUUCACAGUAUGCAACAUCAGACAGUGCGAUGCCCAGGUCACCAUCAGAUUAUUCCGAUAGGCGGUCACAGCGUGGCCCUCAGUUAUACGAAGAGCCUGAACUGGGUGAUUAUAGAGAUUCCAACAGGAGGAGUCGCAGGCGUUCCAAGGAGUAUCCGGUAGAAGAGGAGGAUGCACAGAACAGGGAGGAAUAUGAAAGGCAGAGGAGAGAAGAGGAAUAUCAGGCACGAUACAGAAGUGAUCCUAACUUGGCUCGUUAUCCAGUCAAGCCACAACCAUAUGAGGAACAAAUGCGCAUCCAUGCCGAAGUGUCCCGAGCACGUCAUGAACGGAGACACAGCGAUGUCUCAUUGGCAAAUACUGAGUUGGAAGACUCGCGGAUAUCUGUGCUGAGGAUGGAACGACCCUCAAGGCAAAGAUCGGUGUCUGAGCGCAGAGCUGCCAUGGAAAAUCAGCGUUCAUACUCUAUGGAAAGAACUCGAGAGGCUCAGGGACCAAGUCCCAAUCGUCAGAGGACCACAAAUCAUAGCCCUCCUACACCUAGGAGGAGUCCAAUUCCUCUGGAAAGACCGGACAUGAGGCGCUCUGAUUCAUUAAGGAAACAACACCAUUUGGAUCCCAAUUCUGCUGUGCGGAAAACGAAACGUGAAAAGAUGGAGACCAUGUUAAGGAAUGAUUCACUCAGCUCAGACCAGUCUGAAUCUGUCAGACCUCCACCACCAAAGCCCCAUAAAACAAAAAAGGGAGGUAAAAUGCGCCAGGUUUCAUUAAGUAGCUCAGAAGAAGAAUUGGCAUCUACUCCAGAGUACACGAGUUGUGAUGAUGUGGAGAUUGAAAGUGAAAGCGUUAGUGAAAAAGGGGACAGUCAAAGGGGAAAAAGAAAAACUAGUGAGCAGGCAGUUGUGUUGGAUUCUAACACCUUAUCCGAGAGACAAAAGAGAAUGGUGUGCUUUGGUGACCAGUCUUUCGAAGAGGACUUGGAAUGGUCUGAGCCUCAGAUAAAAGACUCUGGGGUAGAUACGUGUAGUAGCACAACUCUAAACGAGGAGCAUAGCCAUAGCGAGAAGCAUCCAGUAACUUGGCAGCCAUCCAAAGAUGGAGACCGUCUCAUUGGUCGGAUUUUAUUAAAUAAGCGGCUAAAAGAUGGAAGUGUGCCGAGAGACUCAGGAGCAAUGCUUGGAUUGAAGGUAGUAGGAGGAAAGAUGACUGAAUCAGGUCGACUCUGUGCAUUUAUCACCAAAGUUAAAAAAGGAAGCUUAGCUGAUACCGUGGGCCAUCUUAGACCAGGUGAUGAAGUGCUGGAAUGGAAUGGAAGGCUACUACAAGGAGCUACCUUUGAGGAGGUAUAUAACAUCAUUUUAGAGUCCAAACCUGAGCCACAAGUGGAGCUUGUUGUUUCAAGACCAAUUGGGGAUAUUCCCAGAAUACCUGACAGCACACAUGCACAGCUGGAGUCCAGUUCUAGUUCCUUUGAAUCUCAGAAAAUGGACCGACCUUCUAUUUCAGUGACUUCUCCUAUGAGUCCUGGCAUGUUAAGGGACGUUCCACAGUUCUUGUCUGGACAACUUUCAAGCCAAAGCCUUAGUAGAAGAACAACGCCUUUUGUUCCUAGGGUUCAGAUAAAACUGUGGUACGACAAGGUUGGUCAUCAGUUAAUAGUGACAAUACUGGGAGCAAAGGAUCUUCCUUCAAGGGAAGAUGGGAGACCAAGGAAUCCUUAUGUUAAAAUUUACUUUCUUCCAGACAGAAGUGAUAAAAAUAAAAGAAGAACAAAAACAGUAAAGAAAACAUUGGAACCCAAGUGGAACCAGACAUUCAUUUAUUCUCCAGUUCAUCGGAGAGAGUUUAGAGAACGGAUGUUAGAAAUUACUCUUUGGGACCAAGCACGAGUUCGGGAGGAAGAAAGUGAAUUUUUAGGAGAGAUUCUUAUUGAGUUAGAGACGGCACUACUAGAUGAUGAACCUCACUGGUACAAACUUCAAACACAUGAUGUCUCUUCAUUGCCACUUCCCCAUCCCUCACCAUAUUUGCCACGAAGACAGCUCCAUGGCGAGAGUCCUACACGGAGGUUACAAAAUAAAGGCUUAUAUUCAUAUAAUUCAGGGUCUAAAAGAAUCAGUGACAGUGAAGUCUCUGAUUAUGACUGUGAUGAUGGAAUUGGUGUGGUUUCAGACUAUCGACAUAAUGGAAGAGAUCUCCAAAGUUCAACGCUAUCAGUGCCGGAGCAAGUUAUGUCAUCUAAUCAUUGCUCUCGAUCAGGGUCCCCUCACCGUGGAGAUAGUAUAGGGCGGACGAGAUCAUGGUCUCCCAGUGUCCCUCCCCCACAAAGUCGGAAUGUGGAUCAGGGACCAAGAGGGACACGGUCCACUGCGGCACAUUACAAUACCCUGAACCGAAUGGAAAGACACCGUGCAAUAGAUGACCACUACUCCCCAGACAGAGAGAGGAAUUGUGAAGCAGCAGAUAGACAGCCAUAUCAAAGAUCCAGAUCAACAGAGCAACGUCCUAUGCUAGAGCGGACCAACUCCCGCUCCCGAUCCACAGAGCGUCCUGACUCAAACCUCAUCAGGUCGAUGCCUUCAUUAAUGACUGGAAGAUCUGCCCCACCUUCACCUGCCUUACCGAGGUCACAUCCUCGAACUGGGUCUGUUCAGACAAGUCCAUCAAGUACUCCAGUAGUAGGAAGAAGGGGCAGGCAGUUACCACAGCUCCCACCAAAAGGGACGUUGGAGAGAAACAAUGGAGACAAGGAGAUAGAACCUUAUGAAGAAGAAGCGGAAUCAUCAAGGAGAAGAAACUCAGAAGAAAAGAAAGCAGAUCCAGAGAAUGGGGAUACAGGUUCGAUGGAUAUAGAAGAGAGAAACCGACAAAUGAAAAUGAGCAAGUACAAACAGGUAGCAGGAUCAGAUUCCAGGCUGGAACAAGAUUAUCAUUCUAAGGCAAGGGAGUUUUGUUUUGAAAAGCAACAAAAUAUGCUAAAUAUUACUUUUAGAAAAUAAUAGAUGAAUGGGAGGUAAUUUCUUCAGUAGAAGAUUCUUUCCUGUCUGUAAUAAAAUUAUCGCAAGAGUGCAGUAAAAUUCUUAAUGCAGAAUGUUCUUGAUUGUUAAAAUUUAAGAAAGAUUAGUUAAACCAAAUAAAAAUGGCACUGUAAUUACCUACUGGAAUGAACAGUAGGGUCAUGAUUUAAAAGCUCAAAGAGAAGGAAGGAAGAGGUUUCUUAAGUGGUACAUGUAGUGAGAGUUAUUGAAACCUGUCCGUGGCAUUCAAAUAGAUGAACACAAGGUUAUCUUGGUCUACUGAAAAUGAGAAGUUAUAGUGUUACUUCAUUUAAUAAGGGCAGUGCAGCUGAUGGAAAGGUGCUCUGUACAUCAGCGCCGUCUUGUACGCCGAUUGUGGCUAUGUGCCAGAAUUCUGAAUCAUUGUGUCGUAGUACAGCCCCAAGUAUAUUAUCUAAAAUUUCCUGCUAUCUGGAACAGGGUCAUGUCAUAUACAUUGUGUUAAUUAAAAUAAUCAAGAUGUUUUCAAUUUAAAUUCUAUUAUACAAAAAUAAUUUAGUGUCCUGUAAAAUACUUCAUUAAUUAAGGUCAGAUUGUAAGUGAGAAACACGAGACUUCUGACCUACAAAAGCUGUUUGAGGAAGAGAAAUCUCUUUCAGUCUUUAUUUCCAGGAUAUCAUUCCUUUCCUUAAAAGAUCAGCAGUCAUUUUAAAGCCAGCUUUUUAAUAUUUGAAGGCAAAAUAUCAUUAAAUCUGUUAAGUAUUAUUUGUUUUGCAGAUAAUGUAGACUAACUUACUCAAGAUAAGUCCUUUUGAAAACAAAAAAAAAGUGAUUCAUUUUUGGGAAAAUAGCGGAAGUUUUUUUCAAAACCCGUGACAAAAUGGACAAAACUAUUAAUAUAAACAGAAUUGACAAAGCAGAACAAAAAACCACCUCUGAAACAUUUUAACUCUAUAGAUGUGCUGCUUGAUUUUUUGCAUAUUUUCCCCUCAGUUUUUAGUACAGAAGACAGGAUUUUUCAUUAAUGCAUGGGAGGGGCUUGGAAUGCUGACAUGCCUAGAUGCUUGCUUUGUGUUGACGUGACAAGAUUAUUUUCAUGUGUCUAUAUUGUCUGCUUUGAAAAGUGUUACUUCUUCCAGGUGAGCGAGGUACUGCGAGCAGACCUCGUGACUGUUAUGAUUGUAUGUACCAUAAAAAUACGAAUUUGUGUAUUGUAUGUAUAAUCAGACUUUCUCUGCUAAUUUCCCUGCUCCCUCAUUGCUUGACUGAAAUUUGAGUCAGAAGGAGAACUGGUAUGGAGUAAAGAGAAUAAAUGGGCUCUGAUGUGAGGAAGCUGAAUAGAAUAUAAUUACUUAAUGGAGUAUUUCCUACCUUAUUUUAUCAUUUCACCCACACCAUAUUAUUGAGUCUCACUAUACAUUUUCUACCAUUUUUUUAUUAAAAAUUGACCUACAAUAUUAUUGGAAUGUAUUAAAGAGGAAAAUUUAAAUGGAUUUCUUUUAUGAAAAUGGUGGUUUAUUGAUUGCACACAUCAAACAAUUUGUCUCCAGAAAUAAACAAUUAAUUUACUCUUCUGCCAAAGUGUAGUUUCAGUAUUUGGAAAUGAGUUAUUUAUUCUAUCUCUGAACUCAUGGAACACGGAUUGUUCACCUAUAUGUAUUAAUUCAAAAAGUAUUCUUAAAAUUCUAGAUUUUAAGCUAUAUCAGAACCAUAACUCUCAUUUGUUGUAUGAGAGAUCUGUCUUCAUUUUUUCACUGCUUCAGUUUUCCUUAAUUGAGCGUUUAUAUCAUUUAGAGGCAGAAAAUGAGUAAGUACAAUUUAUCUACCUAAUGUCUUCAAAAAUUCUCCUGGAAUCGUGAACUAAAGCACAUAUGUAAAAAUGCUGAGUGAAAUCUCCUGUUCAGUGUACUAUACAGUGACUUUGACUUUUUUGUACUGUCUGCUGGCACAGCAGGUCAUCAUGUGUGUCAUGCCUGAGAAAAAUGUCAAUAACUAAGCAUUAGGUGACAUUCAGGACAGCUAUUUUUUUUUGUAUUUCUGUUUUAUGUCUUUCUGUAUAAUGAAAUAAAGAGCAACUGAGUGUCCCUACGUUAAGAAAGAAACACCCCUCCUUGCUGAGAAAGCAAAAGAUCUAGUAGCAGCAUUAGGACAAUAUUAAAAUAGUUACCUGGUUUUGUUUUGCAUCUGGAAGGCAGUACAGGAAUCUUUAUGUGCUGGUGUGAUGUACAGUCAUACAUUACGAAGCUGGUGAGAAAAGUUUAUUGUGAUGUGUGUUCGUAGAAGCAGUUAAAAUAAGAAACUGACCUUCCUUUGUGCUUUUUCUUUUCUAGUGGCUGAUGUAAUUGCAGAUUGUAUUUUUAUUAUUGGCAUACAUGGCUCAUCGGUUUUUUUAAAACUAAGUGUUUUGUUUCCAUAGUGUUUUGAGUGCAUGAGUUUAGCAUUGUGUAAGAGUUCUUUUCUUACACGGAAAAGUUGCUUUGGUCUGAUUUUGGGACAGAAUUAAGGAAAUCAAAAAACAUAUUUGAUUUUCAUAUAAACACAUUUACUACUGGGGAGUUAUGAGAGGAAAAAUAAUAGGUGUAUAAAGGAUAUGAUUUUUUCUGUGAAGAAGGGCUGAGGAAACUGGGCUUAUUUAGCUUGGAGAAGAGAAGUCUCCGGAGAGACCUCAUUGUGGCCUUCCAAUAUUUGAAGGGAGAAUAUAAACAGGAAAGGGUAUGACAAGGGUGGAUAGGACAAGGGGGAAUGGUUUUAAACUGAGACAGGGGAGAUUUAGGUUAGAUAUUAGGAGGAAGUUUUUCACACAGAGGAUGGUGACACACUGGAACAGGUUGCCCAAGGAGGUUGUGGAUGCCCCAUCCCUGGAGGCAUUCAAGGCCAGGCUGGAUGUGGCUCUGGGCAGCCUGGUCUGGUGGUUGGCAACCCUGCACACAGCAGGGGGUUGAAACUAGAUGAUCAUCGUGGUCCUUUUCAACCCAGGCCGUUCUAUGAUUCCAUGAUAAAAGUAUUUUUGGUAUUAUAACAAAUGAUUUUUCUGAGUACUGAGUACUAGUAGAGUUGUACAGGAAUAGAUGCUGAAGUCUGAAUUUUAGGGCUGGUGAAAGUUGACAGGUUCUGGUGACACAGAAAAAAACACAGGAGCACAAGAGCUUUCUACUAGGGAAAAGUACAGCUGUUUGCCAUAUUAUGAUUGUGCAACAUUAGCCUGUAAUUUUCUUCAAGAAUAUUUCUAAGGCUAGUUUAUUCUUUUGCAUAAAAACUAGGCUUCCUAGUUCUUAUGUAUUCCAGCAAGAUGAAAUGCUAAGUAGAGGGAAGAGCCAAGAUCAUCAUCUUCAGAGGCUGAGCCAGCAGUAUGCUGGGUUUGUUUUGGUCACCUUUGGUUUAGCUGGCUUUUGAAGCUGAUUCCCAAACUACCUCUUACAACUUCUCUUUCUUUUUGCUUGGUGCAGCUUCCAUUAACUCUCCUGGCAGGCAAAUCAAUUGAUGGUGCUGUAGCUGGUAACUCCUGCCCCUGGCCAUUCCCAUCACUGCUCAGGUUCAUGAAUCCCUGCUGACAGAUGAAAGGAAAAAGGUGGAAGGAGUCAUAGUGUGCCUGUCUCCUUGCUGCCAUGAGUAGGAUGUGAUCAGUGGGUUGACUGGGGAAAGCUGAAGGACUUUGUUAUUACUGAACAAAAAGUGAGAAGAUAGUUUGCAGUAUGAACUCAGUGUAGAUGAAGUGAUACCUCCAUCAGCUGAAGCCAUAUUAGCCUCUCCAAGAGAUAUCAGUAAUUAAAAAUAUUGCAUGUCAGAAUAAAAGAGGUUGUUUAUACAGGAGUUAGAAUAGAAUAAUGAAAUGUGGUUGUUUUCUGUAGUAUGAAAUGUAAAACAGAGACUGGCAACUAGAUGACACAUUUAAAUGUAAAAGUAUGAGGCUCAUUUUGUUUUACUGGGAGAAGACAAUGACCUACAAAUAGGCAUAGAGAAAUCCAGUUAUAUAACUUAGUAAUUAGCAUACCAAUUAAGGAUUUAAUAUACUAAAGCAACAAGAAACAAAAUUGGGGUAUAAACAGUAGAAGACGAGAUAAAAUCUGAAUUUUUAGCAAGCAGGUGAAGAGAAUAUUUAGCCAAAUAUAGAAAAGAGAGCACCAAACAAGGAGUAAUAGAAAACACCAAGGAGAAAUUUUCAACUUCUGCUUUAACGAUUCAUAUUGACGGUAAGACUCUACAUCAUGAGCUACCUGUCAUGCUCAGUACCUUUUAAUCAGUAGUCAUGUUUCAAGAUUUAGAAUUCCAGAUACUGUGCAUCAUAAAGAUAUAAGCAUAAUUCUGUGUCUAGUGUAGGAGAGUAGUACAUGACAGGGCAGAAUGCUCCGUUGUGAUCUUCUCAAGCCUUAGCAAGACCAAGACCAAGACAAAUUAGCCUGUGACGAGGAAGGCUUAAACAUGUGUUCUCUUCAUUUGACAAGUACAGACACAGCGAAAAUGCCCUUGGAGCAUGCAGGUGCCAAAACGUUGCAACUGUUCAGCCUGAGCCACUUAGAUGGCCAUCCUUACAGCCAAAGGAGAGGAGAAUAAAUAAAGCUUAUGGUGAACGAUCUGAGGAAAAGAAAAGGAGAUGGCCAUGGGAUGGGAUGGACCAUCCUUGCGGACUGCCUGGGUGUGGGAACGUGCAAAAAGCAGGAUCAGCAGUCUGGCUGGUGAAAAGGUUGAGUGUGAAGCAGGUCUCCUUUGCUCCCAGGCUGGUCACAAAUUGCACAAUUGUCCCAAGAGCUGCCUUUUUCCUCCAAAAAGUGCAGUGAGUGGCUGUGGCAGUCAGGUUACCUGAUUGAUAGUUUGUGCUCUUCUGUGAUCUCUGAGGAUUUCUACUAAACGAGAGAGAAUCUCUCUUUCUUGUAGUGCUGAUAGCAGUUAUACUUUCAAUCAAGUAUUGUAUUUUAAAUAAUUUUAAUAUUUAUAGAAUAAACCAAUGACACUGUAGUCCUUGUUCCUAGAAAUAUAGGAUUUUAAGAUUAAUUACAAGACUUAAAAAGCCAGGAAGAUUAAAUAAAUUCAGAAUCCUAUACUUGAUCUGUAUAGACUUGGUAAUGUGGGAAACAUCUUGUUUCACUGAUGUUUUUAUUGCACUCUUGUAUUUUGCUGGUAAGUUAAAAACAGCUCAGUGACACUGAAUAUAGAUGUGGAUUGGUGAAAUUUCCAGCAGGUUCUUCUUUAGUGAUAUCCAAAAUCUGAGAAAUAAUUUGUCUUAUAUAGUGA